GUUUCUAUAAACUCCGAUUCCUCCGUAUGCGCAUUUGUCAACAUUGAAUUAUUAAUGCCUGCCUCCAUGGCAAUCUUACUUCCUAUUUCAUCGGUCGCAUAGGGGGAUCCAUGUGUCUCUCGAGAUCGAAGACACUGACAUUCCAGAACCUCUGAUCGUGAUCUCACUCGAGUCGACCUCUUAGGUCCCUUGCUUGUGUGCGCAGCGUCUCUAUACGAGUUUCUUCCAUUCGGUUUCCUUAUUCAGUAAUUCUUUGCCCGCCAUGUGGAAUACCGGCAUAGUCUCCUCUGGAGACGAUGAUUCUAGAGGGCGAAACCCCUGGCAUAACGAGAGCCAGAACGCUCAUCAUGAGACAGCCGGAACCGUCAACCGUGAUGGCGGUGAGAGCGAUGAUACUGAAGACAGCCCUGAUAGAUCAGGAACAUGGGGAGAACGGGACACUGGAAUGAGCCAGCGUAUGGCCAUGGAGGAUUUCGAGGCUUUGAAGCAGACUUUGUCUACCAUAUCGAGGACAAAGUCCCAUGCCCAGUCCGAGCGCGAGAGCGUUCGAAGGCCACUCAGCCGCAAGAGUACGCGCCGUACGAUUGGGCGCCGUGCUUCCAACCGUUGGGCAGACGAUGCCGACGAAGAAGCUGGCGAGUUCGGCACUGGGCUGUCAGAGAAGGAAGAUGAGUUCGAGCUGGGACAGUUCAUGAAGGAAGGUCACUUCGAGAAGCGCAAGGACGGCCAGUCGGCGAAGAAGGUCGGCGUCAUCUGGAAGAAUCUUACCGUGAAAGGAGUCGGUUCGACGUCUACCUUUGUUCGCACCCUUCCCGAUGCCGUAAUAGGCACUUUCGGGCCGGAUUUGUACAGAAUCAUUUCUAGAUAUAUACCUGCGUUGAGGCUCUCCCGUCACUCGCAGAUGAGAACACUCAUCCAUGACUUUUCGGGAACUGUCAAGGAUGGAGAGAUGAUGCUUGUCCUGGGCAGACCUGGUUCAGGCUGUUCCACAUUCCUCAAGGCCAUUUCGAACAACCGAGAAAGCUAUGCCUCUGUGGAAGGCGAUGUCUCCUAUGGUGGUAUCUCUGCUGCAGAGCAGAAGAAGCAUUUCAGAGGUGAGGUGAACUACAAUCCAGAAGACGACACCCACUUCGCGAACUUGAAUGUCUGGCAGACACUCAAGUUUGCAUUGAUGAACAAGACAAAGAAGAAUGAAAAGCAUGAGAUACCAAUCAUUCUCGAUGCUCUUUUGAAGAUCUUCGGUAUCCCACACACGAAGUACACGCCGGUCGGUGACGAAUUCGUCCGCGGUGUCAGUGGUGGUGAGCGGAAACGCGUUUCCAUUGCAGAGACUCUCGCAACAAAAUCAACGGUCGUAUGCUGGGAUAACUCAACCCGUGGUCUUGAUGCCUCGACCGCACUUGACUACGCAAAGUCACUGCGCGUCAUGACCGAUAUUUCCAACCGAACGACAUUUGUUACCUUAUACCAAGCUGGUGAAGGUAUCUACGAUUUGAUGGACAAAGUCCUGGUCAUCGACCAAGGACGAUGCAUCUUCCAAGGCCGUGCCAGCGAAGCGAAGCAGUACUUCAUCGAUCUCGGCUUCUACUGUCCCGACCGACAAACGACCGCCGACUUCCUCACCUCCGUCACCGACCCAACUGAGCGCAAGUUCCGUGAGGGGUGCGAAGCCAGCACCCCGAAGACCCCAGAAGAGCUUGAAAAGGCUUUCAGGGAGUCUGCUCACUGUCGAUUGAUGUUGAAGGAAGUGGAUGCAUAUGAGCAGGAGCUCAAGAGGACGGACUACUCCGAUGCGAAGGAGUUCGCUGGUGCUGUCCGCGAGGGCAAGAGCAAGACUGUGUCGAAGAAGUCUGCAUAUACUGUUAGCUUCGUUCGCCAGGUCUGGGCUUGCACUCAACGCGAGUUCUGGCUGACCUGGGGCGAUAAGACUACUUUGUACACGAAGUUCUUCAUCAUCGUCAGUAACGCCUUGAUCGUUGGCUCGCUCUUCUACGGGCAAUCUAAGGAUACUUCGGGCGCCUUUAGCAGAGGCGGAAGUAUGUUCUUCUCCAUCUUGUUCUUGGGCUGGUUGCAACUUUCAGAGUUGAUGAAAGCGGUUUCUGGACGCGCUGUUGUGAAGCGCCAUGAGGACUAUGCUUUCUAUAGACCCACGGCAGUGACCAUUGCACGUGUUGUCCAGGACUUCCCGUUGAUAUUAGCCCAAGUUAUUCCUUUCACACUCAUCAUGUACUUCAUAAACGAGCUCGACGUCGACGUCUCCAAGUUCUGGAUCUAUUUCCUCUUCGUCUACACAACCACAUUAUGCAUAACAGCCCUCUACCGGAUGUUUGCCGCACUAUCGCCUACGAUCGACGACGCUGUCCGAUUCUCCGGUCUCGCCCUAAACCUCCUGAUCAUCUACGCCGGCUACGUGAUCCCCAAGACACAGCUUCUCGACAAGUACAUCUGGUUCGGCUGGUUGUACUACCUCAACCCCGUGGCUUACUCCUUCGAAGGCGUCGUGUCGAGCGAGUUCGCAAACCGCGUCAUGGACUGCGCACCAGACCAGCUCGUCCCGCAGGGUCCUGGCAUCGACCCGGCGUUCCAAGGCUGCGCCCUCACUGGCGCGCAGCCUAACUCGCGAACCGUUCCGGGUGCGGAUUACCUGGCGACGACAUUCAACUAUUCGCGUAGUAACCUCUGGCGUAACUGGGCAGUGUUGAUCGCCUUCUCCGUGCUGUACAUCCUCGUCACUGUUAUCGCAACCCAAGCAAUAUCCUUCACGUCGGAAGGAGGGGGCGCUCUGGUGUUCAAGAAGUCCAGUCGUACAAAGAAGAACCUGAAGCAAGCACCCGUAGACGAGGAGCAAGGCUCCGGCGGCAAUUCAUCCAGUGGAACGGAGACGAACAACUCCUUAGCCGCCAAAGAGGAAGAGGAAGCCUUCGAAUCCAUCUCCAGCAGCCAGAGUGUCUUCACAUGGGAGAACGUCGAGUACACUGUGCCCUACCAGGGCGGCGAGAAGAAGUUGCUCAACAAAGUCAGCGGCUACGCAAAGCCCGGCGUCAUGGUUGCCCUCGUCGGUGCGUCAGGAGCAGGCAAGACAACGCUGCUGAACACUCUCUCACAGCGCCAGCGAGUAGGCGUCGUCUCAGGAGACAUGCUCGUCGGCGGCAAAGCGCUCGGUCGAGAUUUCCAGCGUGGCACUGGUUUCUGCGAGCAGAUGGAUCUCCACGACGGCACUGCGACGAUCCGUGAAGCGCUCGAGUUCUCGGCCAUCCUCCGUCAGGACCGCAAGAUCCCCCGAAAGGAGAAGAUCGAAUAUGUCGACAAGAUCAUCGACCUCCUGGAGCUGACCGACAUCCAAGACGCCCUGGUAUCCAGUCUAGGCGUAGAGCAGAAGAAGCGGUUAACCAUCGGCGUGGAACUCGCCGCAAAGCCCUCCCUCCUCCUCUUCCUCGACGAGCCGACCAGCGGCCUUGACAGCAACUCGGCCUACUCAACCGUCCGGUUCCUGAAGAAACUUGCCUCGGCCGGCCAGGCCAUCGUCUGCACCAUCCACCAGCCCAGCUCCGUCCUCAUCCAGCAGUUCGACAUGAUCCUCGCCCUGAACCCGGGCGGCAAUACGUUCUACUUCGGCCCCGUGGGCGAGAACGGAAAGGACGUCAUCAAGUACUUCGGCGACCGCGGCGUGCAGUGUCCACCCAGCAAGAACGUCGCAGAAUUCGUGCUCGAGACCGCGGCGAAGCCCGUCAGGCGCGAGGACGGCACCCGCAUAGACUGGAACAAGGAGUGGAAGGAAUCGAGCGAGAAUCAAGAGAUGCUCCAGGAGAUAUCUCGCAUCAAGUCGGAGCGCAUCAAAGCGACAUCCAGCUCCCAGCAACAGCACAACGACGACAGUGAAACGUACGAAUUCGCCGCGCCACUGUGGGAGCAAACCAUUCUCCUCACCCGCCGCCUCUUCACACAGUACUGGCGCGACCCGUCAUACCUCUACGGCAAACUCUUCGUCGCCGUUGUCAUCGGCAUCUUCAACGGCUUCACCUUCUACUCCCUCGGUUCCACAAUCGGCGACAUGCAAAACAGCAUGUUCACCUCCUUCCUCAUCAUCCUCAUCCCGCCCGUCAUCGUCAACGGCGUCGUCCCCAAAUUCUACACCAACAUGUCCCUCUGGACGACCCGAGAGCUCCCCUCACGCAUCUACUCCUGGCCCGCCUUCACGACCGCACAAGUCGUCGCCGAAAUCCCCAUCGCCAUCCUCUCCUCAACCCUCUACUUCCUCCUCUGGUACUUCCCGACGGGGCUCCCCACCGACGCCUCGACCGCGGGCUACGUCUUCCUCAUGACCCUCCUCUUCUACCUCUUCAUGUCCUCCUGGGGCCAAUGGAUCUGCGCCUUCGCCCCCUCCUUCACGGUGAUCUCCAACGUCCUUCCCUUCUUCUUCGUCGUCUUCUCCCUGUUCAACGGCGUCGUGCGGCCCUACGCCCAAAUGUCCGUCUUCUGGCGCUACUGGAUGUAUUACCUCAACCCCUCCACCUACUGGAUCUCCGGCGUCCUCGCUGCCACCCUGUCCGGCGCACCCGUAUCCUGCACGUCGUCCGAGACAGCCGUCUUCGACGUCCCCCCCGGCGUGGCGUCCUGCGCCGCGUACGCGCGGGACUUCCUCGCGACCGCGGGGAGGGGGUACUUGCUCAACCCGAACGCGACGAGCGGGUGCGAGUACUGUCCGUUCGCGAGCGGGGACGAGUACUUGGCGACGCUGAACGUGGCGGCGGGCGAUAAGUGGAGGGAUUUCGGGGUGUUUGCGGCGUUUUGUGUGAGUAAUUGGGCGUUGGUGUAUUUCUUUGUGUGGAGUGUUAGGAUUAAGGGGUGGAGUUUUGGGUUUGGGGCCAUUUUUGGGGGGCUCGGGAGGGUAGUUGAGGCGGUUAAGGGGAUGGUUGCGGGGAAGGGGGAGGGGAGUGAGUGA